AUGUCCAUCGCACUCGCCAUCAAAGCGCUGCAGGCCAAGUUCCCCGCCUCGCAGAUCCUCCUCCGGGGAACCGACGAAUUCACCGACCGCAACAACUCGUACCUCUCCGCCCUCGAGAGCGACCUCACCCCGGCCGCAAUCUUCCAGCCCAAGAGCACCGAGGAGGUCUCUCAGUUCCUGCAGAUCAUUCAUCCUCUGAAGGCUCCGUUUGCAGUACGUGGCGCGGGGCAGCAGCCUCUCCCCGGGUGUGCGAAUAUCCAAGACGGGAUCACGCUUGACCUUGGGCUCCUCACGGGCAUUGAGGUCAAGGAUAACGGCACGGUCUCGAUUGGCGCGGGGGCGAGGUGGGGGAGUGUUUAUGAGGCGUUGGACGGUAAGAAGCUUGGUGUUACGGGUUCGCGCUCUUCAAAGGGUGGAAUUGGAGGGUUGGCGCUGUCUGGCGGCCUCUCCUUCUUCUCCUCGCGCGAAGGCUUCAUCUCGGACAACGUCCUCACCUACGAAAUUGUCCUCGCCUCGGGAAAAACCAUCAACGCCAACAGCGCCGAAAACAGCGACCUGUGGCUCGCCCUCCGCGGCGGCGGCAACAACUUCGGGAUCGUGACCCGCUACGAGCUGCGCACGUUCCCGCAGCCGCAGCCCUUCUGGUCCGGAAGCAUCUACUACUUCCAGCCGUCGUUCGAGGGCCAGAUUGAUGCGCUCGUGGGCGAGUUGAACAAAAAGGGCGAUGCGAGUGAAGAAACGCAUCUCAUGCUGAGUGUGGGCUAUGCGGCGCAGUUUGGGCAGACCAUGUGCCAGAAUCAGGUUUAUUACACGGGGGAAAGUGAGGGAAGUGCUGUGCCGGAGGUUCUGAGGGUGUUUACGGAUAUCCAGCCGAAGCUCGAUCAGAUUAGUUCGGUGCAGCAGAUGAGUUUGAAGGAUGCGGCUGCCCAGCAGGCCGCGGCGGCGAUGGAUAACCAGCGCUGCGCAUACAUGAACACAACAAUCAAAGCUGACGCCGCGACUCUCAAAGCCAUAGUCUCCAUCUACACAACCGCCCUGGAACCCAUCAAAUCCAUCGACGGCCUCGUCUGCUCACUCACCCUACAACCAUACCCCCUCUCCCUCCUCCAAAAAUCCGCCGAACUGGGCGGAAACUCUCUCGGGCUAAGCCCCGAGUCCGGCCCCCUCGUCUCCCUGCUCCUCCUCGCCUACUGGGCGAAGAAAGACGACGACGAGAAGCUGAUCACCGCGCAAAAGGAUACCCUUGACAAGAUCCGGGCCGAGGCCGCCAACCGCGGCGUUCAUGUUUCGUUUGAGUUCUUGAACUAUGCGUUUUCGCAGCAGGAUCCGAUCGGGUCGUAUGGGGUUGAGAGUGGGGAGAGGCUGAGGGAGGUUAGCAGGAAGUAUGACCCCGAGGGGGUGUUUCAGAAGCUUGUUCCCGGUGGGUUCAAGUUGUUUACUUGA